AUGGAGAAUGGCAACGAGCUGCGCGAAGUAGUAAAUGUGCCAGCCCCGCGAGUGUUUGCAUCGUCCUAUGGCCCCGUGAACCCGAUUAGCGCAAAGUCUAUCGUCAAAGAGAAAAACCCCUUGGACGAGGCUGGGAGGCCUAUGGCACAGCUGGCCGCGAAAAUCGAAAUUGCGAGUAAUCGAGCAAGUUGUCAACAAUUGAGCAGGCGCUCAUCACCACCAGAUUCACCAAGCAUGGCCGUCUUUAUUUCAAGCAAGACUUCCCCGCUUUGA